UCAAGGGCUGGAUAAGGCUGCUGCAGUACACCCUCAUCCUCCUCCUCCUUCUCCUACAGAGAUACAUUCUAAGCCUAUAAAAGUAGAUAAUAGAGUGAAGGAUGUCAUUCAGCAUUCAACCUUGACAAGGUUAACAUCUAGGAGCAUUGAGUAUUUGCAAGAACGAGGCUGUCAGAUACGAGUAGAAUAGGAAGAUGGGAGUUUUGGAUGUGACACAGAAUGGACCGUCAUCGGACAACAGUAUCAUUGGGUUUGAGUACCAUUCUCAUGCACCCUUUACUGUAAGCUACAAUGCCAAUGAUGAGAUACGGAUUCCAAUUCAACAGCAAGAUGUUUACACACUGCCAUUGGAGAGCUAUCCACAUUUGGAGUAUACUGUGACUGGAGCUGCCAACGCUGCUGUGGCCGGAACUCCAUGUGUCUCUGGAUUCUUCGGCAAUGUGUUUUCAGAGAUACGCUAUGAAAUCAAUAGUGUGGAGGUGGAUGGUAUACGCAAUCCUGGAGUUACCAGCCUAAUGAAGAAUGCUGUUACAUUUGAACGUGAUGAGUGGACCAAGAUGGAAGGAGCUGGCUACAAGUUUAGCCCAACUCAUGGAUUCACCGAUUUUGCUGCCAAUGGAGGCAACACUACAAUCAUGGAUGUGCCUUUGAGAUACCUGCUGGGCUUUGCCGAAGACUAUAGACAGAUUUUACUCAAUGUGAAACAAGAGCUGGUGUUGAGGGUCAGCCCCAACUUUCAUGACUGUGUGAAUGUUGCUGCUGCCAAUGUAGCAAUCACAAAGCUUUUAUGGAGAAUGCCUUAUGUGGAAGUGGCAGAUGAUGUGAAACUGUGUCUGCUACAGAUUGUACAGAAUGACACACCCAUCAGUAUAUCAUUUCGACAUUGGGAGUUGUAUACCUAUCCAACGUUACCACAGACAAGAAAGCAUACAUGGACUGUCAAGUCAACAUCACAGCAUGAAAAGCCACGAUACAUUGUGGUUGGGCUACAGACUGCAAGACGAGGUGUGGCAGCAGCCAACAGUUCUCGCUUUGACAAAUGUAAUAUGAAGGAUGUUUGA